AUGCUAAAUUUAAUUUCUGAACAGCUCGAAGAAUCCACACUAUCGCAGAUGAAGAAAUCAGACUUUUUCACUAUUAUGCUGGAUGAAACCAAGGAUGUGAGUGUCAGCGAGCAACUCACAUUAAAUUGCCGAUUUAUUGACGAUACCGGCAAUUUGUGUGUUCGUUCUCUAAAGCUUAUUGAACCGCUGAAAUCAAACAACGGCGAAGUCGCGACAGUCUCUUUGAAUGCAGAGAAUAUCACGGGACACAUAACAUCGUACUUCAAAGACAAUGAACUCGAAUUCAGCAAAUUGUGUGGUAUUGGCACUGACGGCGCAGCAGUUAUGACUUGGAAACACAACGGUGUAGUGAAGCAUCUGCAAGGUUUCGCCCCAUCAGCUAUUGGAAUUCACUGUUGUGGUCAUCGUUUGCAGUUGGCAUCGACACAGUCUGCGAAUGUUAUUCCUUACGUCAAAAAAUUUAACAGCAUCCUCCGUCAACUCUGA